UUUGUUGUUGUUUUUUUAGGUUUUGUGUCUGUCGCGUGUUAAAAACGUCAUCAACACGCCCACUCGCUGGCGUGAAUCACCAUGAUCUCCUGAUGUCUCCUCACAUGGGCUCGCUCCACAUUAUCCAGUGGUUUUUACGAGAGGACCGGCAGGAGAAGCUCCGGAGAAUAUCAGAUGAGCUGUUGUCGAACAUGAUCUGCAGGUAAUAUCCGGAUAAUUGUCUCCGGACUUUACCCACUGUCUGUCUUUCACACAUACACACCACAGACACUCGCUCGCGGUGAAUCCAGCGGAUUUCCAUGGACGACCUGCGGAGUUCAGUGCAUGUCUGACAGCAGCUUUGGACAUUUGCAUCCGAGUCUGGAAAUGAAGAGUUCCCUGAAACCCAACAGUGCCAGUAACUAGCAUUGGCCUCUUUAGUGUGGGCGAGGGUGAAAAUGAAGGGAGAGGAAAAGAUGGGAGACAUGAGAGUGAGGGGGUCAGGUGAGGAGAAAAUAAAAAUGAAAGCCGGGCUCUAAUAUUAUCUCUUCCUAAAGACUGACAUUAAAACCCUCCCUCGUCCAGCAGGUUGGAGCAGAGGAGCCAGUCAGUGGGAGGUCUGUCUACCUGUGUGUCCCAGCAGCAGCAGCAGGCUGAUGAUCCCUCCUCCUCUUCCUCCUCUUCCUCCUCCACCGUCACUGUUUCCCUGGAAGCCCACAGACACCCGUCGCACCGAGUCGUCUUCUGCGCCUCCGGUCCACAGGGCGCAGGGCUCAGACGCACACUGGAGGAAUGCGUGGCAAACCCCGGCGUCUAUUUGGAUUUCCAGAGAGGAGAGACUGCUUUUUAACCGAGUGCAUUUUCUCCAGUGGGAUCAUAUCUCCAUAGUUAGACAUGUCUCUCCAGCAGCGGGUCGUCCAGCUCUCCGCCGCGUCGCUCGCUGUGAUCCUCGGCCAGGACGAGGAGAGUUUGCGCGCCGGCGGAGGGAAAGUCAACGCGACGAGCGGUCAGGAGAUCUUUGCGGACUUCAAGGCGCAAAACUCGCGCAGCUUUUGGAAUAAAAGGCUGGUGAAGGCCAUAGCGGAGGUGUGCUUCCAGGGAUGGAUGGAAAACUUGGUGCUUUUCAUUCAGGGGAACGCGAACAACCUGGAGGUGCUGAGGGAAGCGUGGAUGCGCAGGGCUCUGAGGUCACCGAAGGGGUUCAUCAUUAAAGCUGUCGGUGACCUGUCCCCGGUGCAGAUGUCCCCCGUCCCCCAGUCUCAGUUCAUUCCCCUGGCCGAAGUGUUGUGCUCGGUCAUCUCAGAUAUGAACUCCUCCCAAAUCAUCGUCAACCAGGAGGCACUUGUCAACUACAUGAGCAAAGCCCACCCAGGGAUAACCAUCCCCACUCAGGACAUCCUCUAUAAUGCUCUGGGCACUCUGAUCAAGGAACGCAAGAUUUACCAUACAGGCGAGGGCUACUUCAUCGUCACUCCUCAAACCUAUUUUAUCACUAACAACAUCGUCCGUGAGAAGAGUUGGUGGACGUCUGGAUCAGCAGAUGACCCUCCCUCUCCUCCUCCCAUUACUUACCUACUGAGCAACGAUGCCUGCGUGGAGAGCACCCAGUCACUCCCAGUGGCACACUGCAAGUCCUGCAGCUGCUUCAGCCCUCUCCAAACACCCACUAAUAUCACCUCUGCUACUGUUACAGCCACCGUGUCUCCAUCCACUGUCCCAGACCAACAUUCGGUCUCUGUCUCCAUAAGUGAGUGCACAGGUAAGAGCUUGAAGUGGCCUCGACCGCUGGAUCACAAACCCACGGUGCAGCAUCAGUCCACCUCCACGGCCGCAGACUGUCAGGCAAGUGAGAUCAGCAAAAAUACAGCUUCCACUAAUGCCACUGUUCGCAAAGAAAAGGACAACAAGCCAGGGAGGAAGUUUGGUCUCAGUAUGUUCUGGAGGAAUGGAGGGAAGAAAGAGAAGCCAAAGAAAGAAUAUGCAUCUUUCUCAGGUCAGUUUCCUCCAGAGGAAUGGCCAGUGAGAGACGAGGAUGACCUGAACAACUUACCUCGUGACCUAGAGCACGCGAUCAUCAAACGCAUCAACCCUGAGCUGACGGUGGACAAUUUGACUCGCCACACGGUCCUAAUGAAGAAGCUAGAGGAGAGGAGAGAGAGGGGGAUAGACAGAGUGUUAGAGAGGGGUCUGGAUAAAGAUGAUAAGGGAGUAGACAAGGGAAUGUCCACUGAGAUCCUAGCAUUCUCAAAACCCAGGCACCAUCACUCCUCUAAGGCAGCGGCAGGAAAAAGAUCUGCUCUGAAGGCUUCACGCAGCAAGAGGAGGGCCCACUCAUCCAGAGAGAAGCAAAGGGAAAGAGAGAAGGAGAGGGUUAAGAGUAAGGUUCCCAUAUGUGCGGACAAUUAUCCAGAGGGGGACGAUUUGAUCCCUACUCGGCUCAGAGUGGAAAUCCCUGUUGAUGAACCAGAUCAAGUGGAAGAAGGUGGAGUUGUCGAGGGAAAAUCUCUUUAUAAGAAACGCAUUGAAAACCCUUUCCAGACCCAGCCAAUCAAAGACCCGGCUGAUGCUGCUAUUCCCGCCACCAACAGAGAGCAGAGAAGACGAGAGGUGAAAGAGGGCAAGGCCUCGGGGCCAGGCAGGAAGGAGCGAACGAGUCACCGCUCGAAAUCCUGGGAUCCGCAUCGGGCCAAAGUUAACGCAACAGACGGAGAGCCCGUAGGGAAAUCCCCGACAUCUGACGACAGGUACGACUAUGUGCAUGACAAGGAAUUCGCUGUUGAUCAUCUGCUCCAAGCAGACACAAAACUCAACAGAGAGCUCCCGCUGGACUACAGCUCAGCCUACCCACAGAGCAGCACCCUCCGGAUAGACGACAAGGUCCGACAUCAGAGGGAGGGAACUGGCAAGAAAAGCUGGGAGAGAGACUGCAAAAAUGCACCUUUUCAGGAGGUCAAACACAAUACUGUGCCAGACCAAACUGUAGCUGAGAGCCUGUCUAGCGACCAGCAAUACUCAAAUACUAAGAGCAAUCUCCCUACACCUGUCGUAAACCACUCAUAUGACACAACACUGCCCUGGCCCAAGCCCUCUUUGCAGAGGAAACACUCGCUCAGACUCUCUAACCCACAGAGGGAUGAUCUACCAAGGCCUGAUGAACUUUUUUCACAUCAGCAGACCUGUGAUACUCCAGCCACCCAGGAGCAACAGGAAAUCAGAGCUGUCUCUAUCAGUUGUAGAGAACAAAGGGUCAUGAGCCAGGGAGAAAGGUCUGAGCUGAUAGCCGAGAGCAAUCCCUCCAUAACAGACGCUGAUGGAUUGAUAGAAGACGACUACAGGCUCUAUGAGAGAGCAGACGAGCGGGAGGACGAGGACGCCUGCAGCUCCCUGUGUCUCAAUGAGGAGGAGAUUAUUGAUGUGACAAAUGCGUACAGAGCAGACUACCGCGGUCACCAGCUGGUUUAUCAUAGCCGUGAAUCUGAUUUGCAAUAUCAGGGACACCACAGUCACUAUUACAACUCCAACCUCCACCAACCACAAGACUCAGGGGACAGCACUGUGAAAGAUCUCAUCCCCCCAGCAACCCAGAGGGCAUCUUCCCUCAGCCCCGCCAGAGUUGAAGAGACCAGCUGGAGGCUCCGUCAUCACCAUCAGAAGACUCGAUCACCAGGGGCCCAAAGUGGAUCCAGCCCAAGGCAAGGCACGUCCAUCCAGGGGGAAAGGCCCCAUGAGAUGAAUCUCGAUUUGGAUUGUCCCGAACCAUCUGAAGUUGCAGACAGCAGCAUCUUCGACUACUGCCAGACCAGCGAGAUCGAGUCAGACACAGAGACCGUACGCAAGUCUGCUGACGAGGGCGACGGCGAAUCUGCUCAUUGGGCGGUCGAGGCGGGGGAGGACGACUUUGACGAGACGUGUGUUCCUCCGACUCGCAGGGCUGUUGUGGGCAUGCCCGGCGGAGCGAGAAGGGCAGAGAUCGGGGAAAUGGGAGAAAACCAGAGUAUCACAGGAGACAGUGGUAUCGAUUCUCCUCGGACCCGCGUCAGCCUGGCCUCCAGCAACACCAACAUUCUAGAGGGUCUCAAGAGAAGAGGCUUUCUGCAAAACUUGGAGAAACUGCACUCAAAGAGCAGCACCAUUCGACCGCAGAGCUCACUGCUGCAGCUGACCCCCGUCAUGAACGUAUAGCGGGUCCAGGUCUCUGCUCGGGCUGAGAUCUCUUCACGCUGAUCAGUUUGAAAACCGAGUGCUUGAAUGUGAAGUUCUAUGCAAACCGCUCCAUUAGAAACACACCCAGUAAGAAGGGUUCGUACGUUGUUGCCUACCUCCACAUAAUGUGGAACCUACCUUACAGGGGCCAGUGUACAGAUGUACAGUAAAUAUAUUUUUCUUUUUGUAAAUAAGUUUUAAAGGUAAUAUGCUAUGAUUUAUCUAUUCGUAUAUGCGCUGUUGAACAUGUGUAUCUGCAGUUUUUUUGUUGUAAAUAUAGUUUUCUUUCCCUACAUGUCUCAUUGGUUAAAAUGUUCAUUACAGCAAUAACAUGUUCUUGCAUUUACUGCAGAAUCGUGUGCAUUGGCCAAGGUGUCUUUCUUGUCAUGUUGCUCCUGUAAAGAAACAACAUGAGUAUGUGUGACUGUGCUGUACUAAACUUGCUAUUAGUAUUGGCACAUCAACCUCAGAAUGCAAUAUUGUCCUAGGUUCAAUAAUACUUUUAUAGCCUUUGUCAAACCGUUAAACAGGCAUUUUUGUUUUUAUUGGACAAUAUCGCUCAAUGCAAUUAACAGAAUUAAUUAAAAAUACAUAUAUUUGUAAAGUUUACCUGGUUAUGUCAUUGUAUGUGUUGGUGGGAAAUGGUGGAUGUUUCAUCAGCUUGAAAUAAAAGCACAUCUAAGUCCCAUCACCAUUGUAGACCAGACGUCACUUUUCACCCACAUGACUGAUAAGGUUUUAUUAUCUCCUAAUGAUAUGGUGACAGCUGAUCCCGACAUUGAGUCUGACCUCCAGUUCUAAAGGAGUGUCAAACAGUGAAAGAUGGGAACUUUCCUGGUAUCAUGUUAUGUUUACAUUUUAACUCAGGACAUUCCCCUAGUUUUCCCCAGGUAAACGUUGCUGCUUUAUCUGCAGCAGAGUGGCUCAGUGUCGUUGAUAUUAAGACAAAAAUAAUCCUUUAUUGGUCCCACAAUGCAGAAACAAAGACAUUGCUAAAGAAAUAAACAUGCGAUACAAAUGUGAAUGAAAUGUAAAAAAAAUUGAAUAAAAUGAGUGUAAACUGAAUAUAUGAGUGUACAGUGAAAACACAGCUAGUCAUAUGUUGAAGUUAUAUUAGGAUCUUAUGAAAUACGCAUUAGUAACAUACCACAUCUGUAAUCAAACCAUUAAUGCCAUGGGUAAAGAGUGACACCAUGUGGCCACACUGUGGAUGUACGAGGUCAGAGCAGACAUAUAGUGAAAAUAUGACCCAGUGUCACUGCAACACAAAAUUCAGUGAUUUAUUUUUCAGGAUUUAAAAAAUUAUGCGUAAUCCUAAUAAAUAUUGAACGAAUAAGACCUAAUUAGCUCUGUUUGACGCCUUUCCCAUUUUAUGGAUGCACUACAUUGAUCGGACACCACAAGAGAGUCAACAACCUUUAUUUAUCCAUAAAUGUGCCACUCAGAAAUUGGGAAAAGGUGUUACAGGAUUUGCCCUUAAGAGAAGCUUAUAUGGAUGAUUUACAAUUUUUGUCUCUACAAUGAGGCCAUCGACAAAAAAAAGGGGUGGGGGUAAAGACAAUAUGGUCGUAACAGUGUAAACACAUGGUAAUAUACAUGAAAGCAAAAGGUAUCAGUGACAUCAAAUUAAAAUGUAGGGUAAGUAAGUAUGAAUAAGAACAAAAGACUCCUGGAAACCCUAACUUUUUUCCUCAAAUAACAGCUCAGCAUACAUUUCUACAUCGCAUGCAAUAAGGCACCUAUCUAACACAAGGAAGAAACCUAUGCUACAGUUUGAAGCACAAUUGUUAUCCAAAUGAAAAGAAAAUAUUGCUCACUAUAAUGUUCACUCCCAUAAAAACUGUAUAUCUCUCAUUCCCUUUCAUAGAGCCCAAGCCAUAUCUAAAAAAAUACAUCAGUUUGUAAAAGAUAUUUUACACAUAACAGUAAAUAGAGCGCCAUCCAUUGGAAUUCCAAAAAAUCUUGUAAAAGUGAGAUUUUUCACGUAGUCUUUUAGUAUACACAAUCUAUUUUUAGAUCAAAUCGUGACAAUCUGCAGAUCAACGUGUGUGUGUUACUUAUAUUCUGUACACAGGUCAUUGAAUUAGUCUCCAAAGAAAUAAAGUGUGGUGUUGCAUUUCAGUUACAUUUGGUGCUGGGGUACAGAGAAAAACCGCACAGUAAAUAAUUAGGACACGGGUCAUGUCUUAAUAUGCUACCCAGUAGGUUUUUAUUUCUAUUAUGCAUUUUCUUAUGGCUAAAUUGCAUGUCAAUAGAACCAGGGGGUGAGCCAGUAUUGCUCUCUGUACAGACUAUGCAGCAGUGCCAACCCAUAGUAGACAUACAAGAAAACAACCUCAUAAAUAUACAAGAUGGCUCAUGUUGGAUGGAGCCCAAAUUCAAGAACAAGCUGCAUGAGAACACCUGCAACACGGUUCAUCUCCAACACUUAAAACAAAUUAAAGUCAUAAAAAGGAGAAGAAAAAAAA